CCAAUUUUUGAUUCUUGCUAUUUCUAUUUGUUUAAGUAUAGUAUUAGAGCUAAAAAUACAUUCAAUAUUAGAUGCUGCUACUUUACGAAUAAUGUUAUUAAAAGUUAAAAGUUUAAAUAUGAAAGAAUUUGUGAGAAAAAUAUUGAAUGUAGAACCUGAAGUAAAUAUUCAAUUAAAGGUUGAAGAACAAUAUUAA